AUGCAACGUGUUGCUAGCAGAGGUUCGACCCUUAUCAGAAGAUGUUUUGCUACCGGAAAGGAACUCAAGUUCGGAGUGGAGGCUCGUAACGCCAUGCUUCGCGGAGUGAAUGCUCUUUCCGAUGCCGUGGAGACGACUCUGGGACCGAAGGGUCGCAACGUCAUUAUUGAUCAGCCCUACGGUGCUCCCAAGAUCACGAAGGACGGAGUGACUGUUGCCAAGUCGAUCGAGUUCGAAGACCGUUUCGAGAACAUGGGUGCUCAGCUGGUUCGUCAGGUGGCGAACAAGGCCAACGAGGCUGCUGGAGACGGAACGACGACCGCUACGGUGCUUGCCCGUGCGAUCUACGCGGAGGGCUGCAAGUCGGUGGCUGCGGGUCUGAACCCGAUGGAUCUGCGCCGCGGCGUGAACAUGGCCGUGGACGCGGUGGUGGAGGAGCUGCGUAAGAUGACGAAGAACGUGAGCUCGAACGAGGAGAUCAUGCAAGUGGCCACGAUCUCGGCGAACAAUGACCAAACGAUCGGCAAGCUGAUCGCCACCGCGAUGGAGAAGGUGGGCAAGGACGGCGUGAUCACGGUCCAGGACGGCAAGACGCUGUCGGACGAGCUGGAAGUGGUGGAGGGCAUGAAGUUCGAUCGCGGCUUCAUCUCGCCGUACUUCAUGACGGACACGAAGACGAUGAAGACGGAGAUGGAGGACCCGGCGAUCCUCCUCUACGACAGCAAGAUCUCCACGGUGCAGUCGCUGCUGCCCAUUCUGGAGAACAUUGCGCGCGAGGGUCGCUCGCUGGUGAUCAUCGCGGAGGACGUGGACGGCGAAGCACUCUCCACGCUGAUCCUCAACAAGCUGCGCGGCGGACUGAAGGUCUGCGCGGUCAAGGCGCCGGGCUUCGGCGACAACCGCAAGAACACGCUGGCCGAUCUGGCGGUGCUGACGGGCGCCACGCUGAUCUCGCAGGAGACGGGCCAGAAGCUGGAGUCGGCGACGAUGGACAUGCUGGGCUCGGCGAAGAAGAUCACGAUCACCAAGGACGACACGGUGAUUCUGAACGGCCAGGGCGCGCCGGAGGCGAUCGCGGCUCGCUGCGAGAACAUCCGCUCGCUGAUCUCCACGACGCAGUCGACCUACGAGAAGGAGAAGUUGGAGGAGCGUCUGGCGAAGCUGAGCGGCGGCGUGGCCGUGAUCAAGGUGGGCGGCGCCUCCGAGGUGGAGGUGGGCGAGAAGAAGGACCGCAUUGAGGACGCUCUGAACGCGACCCGCGCGGCCGUGGCGGAGGGAAUCGUCGUGGGCGGCGGCGCGGCGCUGCUGUACGCGUCGAAGGCGCUGGAGGGCCUGAAGAGCAAGGCGGCGAACUUCGAUCAGAAGAUCGGCGUGGACAUCAUCGAGAAGGCGAUCCGCGUGCCGUGCGCGACCAUCGCGAAGAACGCCGGCGUGGAGGGCGCGGUGGUGGUGAACACGCUGCUGAGCGGCAACGACAAGGAGAUGGGCUACAACGCCUUCACCGGCGAGUACACCAACAUGUUCAGCGCGGGCGUGGUGGAUCCCACGAAGGUCAUUCGCACGGCGCUGGUCAAUGCGGCGGGCGUGUCGUCGCUGAUGACCACCACCGAGUGCAUGAUCGCGGAUCUCCCCGCCAAGGAGCCUGCGAUGCCGGCGAUGCCCCAGGGAAUGGGAGGCAUGUACUAAGUGUAAGGGGAUUCAUGUAUUAU